UCAUUAAUCAAGGAAAUCCCAAACCUUUAUCUCCUCCAUUAUCUCUCUCACCUUCUCACAAUCUCACCCACCGAACCUCACUCUUCGGUCUCUCACCCACUACAACCCCCCAAAACCACUUCUCUCCGAUCUCCACCAUCUCCCGACGUAACUUCCUCCGCCUCGUUCCGCUGCGAUGGCCGCCGCGGAUCUCUCUGUACAGCUUAACCCAACAUAAAAUCCCCAGCUUCUCAUCGAUUGCCCCUUCUACAGUUCUACUAACUUUAGAUUAGUGGUCAGGGCUUUGAUUCAAGAAUCAAGAUCCCUUGAGAAAUUACCAAAUUAUCCGACUCUUCAACCGUUCCAAAUUUGGAUAAUGAACAUGUUCUAUGGUUGAUGCGAUAGAUUGGCAAGUUAUUAUAAGAAAGGUCAUCCAACCUUUUUCAGACAAAUGUCACAAUCUCUCACUAUUCUCAAUUUCUCAAUAAUAGGGGAGGGUUUGACGUAGAACUAAGAUAAGUGAAAGAUGAAAGUUGCAGUGAUUGGUUCUGGUAUUAGUGGUUUGGUCUCAGCCUAUGUUCUUGCAAAAGAAGGUGUUGAGGUGGUUCUAUAUGAGAAAAAAGACUACCUGGGUGGCCAUGCCAGGACUGUCACAUAUGAUGGUGUUGAUUUGGACCUUGGUUUCAUGGUCUUUAAUCAUGUACUGUAUCCAAAUAUGAUGGAGUUUUUUGAGAGCCUUGGAGUUGAUAUGGAGACAUGUGACAUGUCCUUCUCAGUGAGUUUAGAUAAAGGACGGGGAUGUGAAUGGGGUAGUCGAAAUAGUCUCUCAAGCUUGUUUGCAGAAAAGAAGAACUUGUUCAAUCCAUACUUCUGGAAAAUGCUUCGAGAAAUCACCAAGUUUAAACAUGACUUGAUCAGAUAUUUUGAGGUGCUUGAGGGUAACCCAGACAUUGACCGGAAUGAAACCUUGGGGCAGUUUAUUGAAUCACAUGACUACUCUGAACUAUUUCUGAAGGCUUACCUUAUUCCAAUAUGUAGUUCAAUCUUGUCGUGUCCUUCAGAAGGGGUUAUGAGCUUCUCAGCUUUCUCUGUGCUUUCAGUAUGUCGCAAUCAUCAUCUGCUUCAGUUUACCCUGCAGCUAUCUGGAGGCCCACAGUGGCUUACCGUCAAAUGGGGUUCACAUUGUUAUGUCAAGAAGGUGAAAGAAGUGUUGGAGAGUAAAGGGUGUCAGAUAAGAACCGGCUUUGAGGUGCAUAAAGUUUCCACAACUGAUGAGGGUUGCACUGUUUUUACUGGAGAUGGUAUUGAGGAAAUUUACAAUAAAUGCAUAAUAGCUAUCCAUGCCCCUGAUGCCGUGAGAAUAUUAGGAGAACAGGCAACAUCUGAUGAACUGAGAAUACUUGGCGCCUUCCAAUAUGUGUACUGUGAUAUUUUCCUUCAUCGUGACAAAACUUUAAUGCCCCAAAAUCUAGCAGCAUGGAGUGCAUUGAACUAUCUUGGAAGUACUGACAACAAAGUAUGUUUGACAUACUGGCUCAAUCAGCUUCAGGGGAACCUCAGUGAAACAAGUCAACCAUAUCUUGUGACACUCAAUCCAGAUCAUACACCAAACCACACCUUGCUUAAGUGGUCAACAAGCCAUCCAGUCCUAUCUGUUGCGGCAUCAAAAGCUUCGCUGGAGUUUCCUCAUAUUCAAGGAACGAGAGGAAUUUGGUUUUGUGGAGCAUACCAGGGUUACGGCUUCCAUGAGGAUGGGCUAAAGGCUGGAAUGGCUGCAGCACAUGGUAUGCUUGGAAAAGGUUGUGCCCUGUUGAGAAACCCAAAACAUAUGGCUCUUUCAAUGACGGAAACAGCGGCACGCCUGUUUGUUAUUAGAUUUCUUAGACAUUAUAUAUCUACCGGAUGUUUAAUUUUAUUAGAAGAAGGAGGCUCGAUGUUCACCUUUGAGGGAAGCAGAAAGGACUGUUCUCUAAAAUCCGUUCUUAAAGUUCACAGUCCUCAGUUUUACUGGAAAGUAAUGACACAGGCUGAUCUAGGCAUUGCAGAUGCAUAUAUCAGUCGCGAUUUUUCUUUUGAUGAUAAAGACCGAGGUUUACUAAAUCUUUUUAUGCUUCUCAUUGCCAACGGAGAUUCUAAUGCCUCAAAAUCAAACAAGAAAAGGGGAUGGUGGCAGCCUUUGUUUUUCACAGCCACUAUAGCCUCAGCCAAAUAUUUCUUUCAGCAUGCUUUAAGGAAAAAUAAUCUUACACAGGCUCGAAGGAAUAUAUCUCAUCAUUAUGAUUUGAGUAGUGAAUUAUUUUCUCUGUUCUUGGGUGAAACAAUGAUGUACUCCGCUGCAACGUUUAAGACAGAAGAUGAGGAUUUGAAUACUGCACAACUUAGGAAAAUCUCUAUUCUCAUUGAUAAGGCUAGAAUUGAUGAGAACCAUGAGGUUCUAGAUAUUGGUUUUGGUUGGGGAACCUUUGCUAUUGAAGCAGUCAAACAAACGGGCUGCAGAUACACUGGCAUCACUCUAUCUGAGGAACAACUUAAAUUUGCUGAAAAGAAAGUGAGAGAUGCUGGACUUCAGCACCAGAUCAAGUUCCUUCUGUGUGACUACCGCCAGUUGCCUUCUGACCACAAAUAUGACAGAAUCAUUUGUUGCGAGAUGAUAGAACAUGUCGGCCAUGAAUUUGUGGAUGAGUUCUUUUCUUGUUGUGAGUCUGUACUGGCAAAAAAUGGGCUUUUUAUUCUCCAGUUCAUAUCCAUACCGGAUGAACGCUACAAUAACUACAGGCGAAGUUCAGACUUCAUAAAGGAGUAUAUGUUUCCUGGUGCAUGUGUACUUUCAUUAAGUAGGGUAAUAUCAGCUAUGGCCGCUUCUUCCAGACUCUGUGUGGAGCACAUGGAAAACAUUGGAAUUCAUUAUUACCAAACACUAGGAUGUUGGAGAAAGAAUUUCUUAGAGAGACAGAGUGAAAUACUCGCUCUUGGAUUCGAUGACAAUUUCAUUCGGACAUGGGAAUAUUAUUUUGAUUAUUCCGCUGCUGGUUUCAAGUCACUUACACUUGGAGAUUAUCAGAGACGGAGGAGAAAGAAAAUACGUACAGUCGCUGUCGACGAAGGAAGCUUGAAGAACAAGUCCCUUUGCCUAUGUUUCGAUGAGAGAAACUGGCCUAGAUUUACUCACAGUACUCAAUCUGUCAAAUUGAGCUACAUGCUAGUAGCCCAUAAUGAUGAUGAGAAUAUACUAGAGCUAGAGGAAGAGGAUUUUAGAACUGGUACGACAACUGCUGUUCCACAAAUUUGUCAGUUGUUGCAUCCCGUACCUAAAAUUGCAUGUUUGGUGUCAUUUAGACUGUAAAAUAAGGGUAAAAGAUUACAUUUUUUUUACU